AUUUGCACGCCAUUCGCCAGUUAUCAUCUGCGGGAAAACCAAAACCUACACAACUCUCAACACUUGAGCUUUCCCUUUUCGCGUCUCUCGUCGGCGGCCAUGGAAGACGACGAAGACUGCCCUCCCCUCGCCGUCGAGCUCCCGGCGCAGACGACUUCUCCUCCGGUUACCGCUCCCUCUUCUGCCUCUGCACCAGUCGGCGUCACCGUCAUCACCGGCUACCUCGGUGCCGGCAAGUCCACGUUAGUCAACUAUAUUUUGAGUGCUCAACAUGGGAAGAGAAUAGCCGUAAUACUGAACGAGUUCGGAGAGGAAAUUGGAGUAGAAAGAGCAAUGAUCAAUGAGGGGCAAGGUGGUGCCCUUGUUGAGGAGUGGGUGGAGCUAGCAAAUGGAUGUGUUUGUUGCACCGUAAAACACAGCCUGGUACAAGCACUUGAGCAGCUUGUGCAGAGUAAGGAGAGAAUGGAUCACAUAUUAUUGGAGACAACUGGUUUGGCUGAUCCUGCACCACUUGUCUCCAUUCUUUGGCUGGAUGAUCAAUUGGAGUCAUCAAUCAGACUAGACUCUAUCAUUACGGUUAUCGAUGCAAAAAACUUCAGGCAGCAAAUUGAUGAACAUACAAACUCUUCCUCAUUCCCUGAAGCAUUUCAUCAAAUUGCAUUUGCGGAUGUUGUGAUAUUGAACAAAAUUGAUUUAGUAAAAGAUGAUCUCGAGGAUCUGGAAAAGCAAAUUCAUGAUGUCAACGCUCUUGUUACAGUGGUGCGAUCUGUCCGCUGCCAGGUUGACUUAAAUACAAUAUUUGAUCGACAGGCAUAUGGUACCAAGAAUUCAUCGCAACUGCAGGAGCUUCUGGAGUACAGUAAAUCAGUACCACCUAAUAGUCGUCAUGAUAACAGUAUUUCCACCUUGUGCAUUUCUGAACAGGAUCCAGUUCACCUGGCUAAGGUAGAAUCAUGGCUUGAAGAUCUUCUUUGGGAAAAGAAGUCUACUAUGGAUAUAUAUCGUUGCAAAGGAAUUUUACAUAUCCAUAACUCAAACCAACUUCAUACAUUACAGGCAGUCAGGGAAGUCUAUGAGGUUGUGCCGGCCCGAGAAUGGUCUGAGAUGCAAUCUCGCAUGAACAAGAUAGUAUUCAUAGGCCGUAAUUUGGAUAUAAGUGUUCUUCAAGAUUCUUUUGGCCGCUGCAAGCACUGAUUAUCGAAUGGGUUGCACAUCACUUGUAACUUCGUGUUCUGAAGUACGGCAUGGAGGUCACACAUCCUAGACUCAGAUUAGGCGGAUCUUGUAUAGUUCCCCCAAAUCAUGUUCAGUUGGAAAAUAUUCAGUACAGGGGAAGCAAUUCGCAGGGCCGAGACCAAGAUACGAUUUCAACUUGUUCUCUUGUUGUAAAGUUCUGCACCGUGGAAGCACCUCUUGAUACACUGGUUAAAAGUACAUUCUGCUGAGCGUCUGUAUAUGCUCAGUUGACAAUGCAAACUGUGUUCACUUUUGGGGAAGAAAAAAGUAUCCAAUCAUAAGACGGAUCCAUCCCGCUGAGGGAUUCUAGUUCCAGUAUUAUUCGAACUGAUGAGCAACACACCGGGAGAUGUUGACCCGAAGUCUGCUUCCAGAAUUGUAGCCUCUUGGCGUUGCCAAUUUUCUUUAGCACGCACCCAAUUUUCUUUA